AUGGAGUCUAUCAGUUAUAUGUUUCCUCAAGGUUUACGUGUUUUGGCAGUUGAUGAAAGCUUCGUUUGUUUGAAAAAUAUAGAGAUAUUACUCAAAGAAUGUCGUUACCAAGUAACUGCAGCUACGUCCGCCGAAUUUGCUCUCGAUAUCUUAAGAAAGAACAAGGAAAAUUUCGAUAUAGUUAUCACUGACACGGAGACGGGUGAAAUGAAUGGUUUUAGGCUAUUGGAAAUAAUCUGUCUUGAAAUGGAUAUACCUGUAUUAAUGAUGUGUAAGGGUAACGACCGCGAAACACUGAUGAAAUGUAUAGAUCAUGGCGCAUGUGGUUUUCUAAUGAAGCCACCGAUACCGAAAGACAUUCAAAAUAUAUGGCACUAUGUGUUUAAACACAAGAUUAACAAAUCUACUUUGAGUAAUUUGGAUAUUCAAAAAAAUGAAACCGAAAGAAACUGUAACAGGAAUGAGGAGGCCAGUGGCCAGAGAACAAGGGUUUCUUGGGCGGAUCCAGAGUUACAUACAAAGUUUGUUGAAGCGUAUCAUAAGUUAGGAGAUGAAGCUACUCCAUCAAGAAUAAUAUCAGAAAUGAAUGUCCCGGGACUCACUCGUCUGCAAGUUGCUAGUCAUCUUCAGAGAUAUAGGAUGAUAUUGGGGGAACAGAGCCAAAAAUCUGAGAGCAUCACUACAUCCAUUGGAAUGAGUGGUAGUGGACAUCUAAGGAUUAGAUCUCUUCGUAAUCUUGAAUUUAAAAAUCGAAUGGAUUACCUUUCUAGGCUUAAAUCUUAUCAUUCGGGAAUGAGUCAAUCAAGUCAUGAUGGUGUAACUCCUAAUGCCUCGAUCCAUUCGAUUAUAAAUCCACAACCACAAUUUCUUCCUUCAACUCAAAGAUAUACUUCACAGUUUUUCUCAGCUCCUGGUGAUUAUAAUUCCGCUGAAGAUGACCUCAGUGCAGUAAACAGACCGUGGAUUCCAUGUUUCAACGGCAAUAAUGCGGUGAGGACCUCCAACAUCUCAACAGGCUACAAAGCAGCUUUCACUAUGAAACUGUUAUCCCCACAGUUGGAUGUUACUUGA